CAAAUUGUAGUAGUUACCCCCUAGGCUAAAUAGAGCGGCCCAGUCUUAAGGUUCACUCCAUAUGCAGACUUCGGACCAGGGGUCACAAAGACAGCCAGGAGACUACGUGCAACGAAGAAAUAGACUUUGGACAAGGGCAAAACCAUCAACAACAUCUGUACAUUUUCCUACUCCGGGAAUGUCUCAGACAUCUGUGGGACUACUCUGUCACCAGUUGAGCGUCCUGUGCUAGUGCAAUGCCAUUCCUGUGUAAGGAAGCCAAGUUGGACGCCUCCACCCGGAAGCUGAGCCAGCAGCUGAAGGAUGUCAUUGAUGAUUGUUUGUACUGUAAAACACAGGCUGGCUCGGAGGCACCUCCCAGUGGCGCAUCCGCACAGAGAAAAGUCAUAGUAACUGAAAAGGACAUGGCUGACUACUUCCGAAGCCUGUCCAUCAGCCUGAAGAGGAAGAAUGAGAACUUUGUGACGGCAGCCAGCGUGGCGCUGGUGUAUGCUGCCAUUACCAACUGUCUGCCAUGUGCAGAAAUCCUCCUGCAGCAAGGAGCAAAGGCAACUUUCAAUGACCCAGAUGUGUAUGGCACAGCUCUGUACCAAGCUGUUGUUGCUGAUCACCCAGAGAUGGUGAAGCUGCUCAUCCAACAUGGGUCCAAUGUGAAUGCCAACUGUACUGUUUUUGGAACCAAGCCACUCCAUGAAGCCACCACAAAGUAUGACAACAGCUGCAUCCAGGUGCUUGUGGAUGCAGGUGCAGACGUCAACGGCAGGAGGUCAGAUGGCUUCAGCGUGCUGACCCACGCUAUCCUGCAGACGGAGGACGAGAAUGAUAGAAGGGCUUUUAGGAACUUCAGCAACAUCAACACCCUCUUGAAAAAUGGUGCCAACCUGUCCCUGAAGCUGGCAAACCACAGUCUACACGAGAGCCUGCUGCAGUGCCUUCAGCAGGAGUAUGAGGGGGAUCGUAUAGACAUGACCAGCCUACUCAUGACACUAAAGAUGCUGUUUGAUAAUGGAUACAAGCCCAAAAUGUCAGAGUUUGUCCAGUGUAUUUCUACCCUAAGUGAUGGUGAAGGAGAUGUUCUGGAGGGGGUUAGAUUUUUCAUGGGGCAGUUCACAAUCAAGGAUUUAGAUGUGGUAACUUUUGAUGUGUUCAUGAGCUGGGUACUGGACAAUAUUUGUGAUGCGUACACAGAUAGAGACAUGGCAAACCUCUGCCUGUGCAACCUGCGGGAGAUCAGGAAGUGCUUCACCCUCCUCACCAGUGCAGUAGUGAUCUACCCCUGCAGUCUGCAGGCAAGACUCCUGAGGGAAAAGGCCCAUCUCUUCAAGUACAAAGCACAGAUACUGUUGGAGAUACCUGAUUCCCCUCCAUACCACUCCGACCUGCUGGUGAGGUUUGUGGACACGAUGGACUGGAUUGAAGAGCAGGUGAACAUUCUCCCCUCUCUCAAGAGCCUGAGCCGGGCUGUGCUGAGGAAGGCUCUCGGCACACACGGCUUGUCUCACAAGGUGGAGCAGGUGGAGCUCCCCAAGGAGUUGGUGACAUUUACACUAUUGGAAGAUAUCUAGGGUGUACUGUACCAGUAGAUGUGACAGACAACUGAAAACAAACAUUUGAUUUUGCUCACUGCUCUAAGGAGACAAUAGGUUUCAAUUGAAGAGAAUUUUUUGUUAUUCUGUUUUGUUCUGGAGGCUGGUGUUAAGUACUGCAAAAUAUAUUCCUAAAGUGCCUUAAGAAGUGGGUCAGCUACUGCAAACUUAAGAUGACAUUCAAAGAUUCAUUAAAUCACAUUUGAUUAUCAAAUUGGCUAAUUAAUAAUAAUAAUCUUUAUUGCAAACUCAUGCCCAAAGGCUAAUUGCAAAAAUACAUGUAUGAAAGUACAAUGAUGAUAGUGAUACAAUAACAAAGUGGACAUUAAGUGAAAUAGGGUCAUAAACAAGUGAUACUUCUAAUCUAAAAUGAAUACUAUUGGGUUUGAUUUCUUUUCUGUAUACAGUGGAGGAUGAAAUUCCCGACAUUUUGGGAGACAUAUGCAUUGCGUGGUGCUAACAGGAAGACAGUUUUUUGUAGUUCGUUACGAUGUGCAAAGCUGGGAAAACUUUUGUUGACUAGUUUAAAUAGUUUGUCUCUUUCGGUACUGUAAUGUGGACAAUGACAAAUAAAGUGCAUUUCAUCUUCCACUGCUUUUCCUGUACAAUAUUUACAUAUACUCUCGUUAACAGGUAAUUGCUUGUAUCUACCUCUUUCUACUUCUAACGUAUGUGCGCUUACUCUGAGCUUACAUAUAGCUGAUCUUAUAUCAAAGUCUUUGGUGUGUAGAUAGUUUCCAUGGUGUACACAGAUUUGAGAUGCUUAUACAAUCUUAGUUUGCCAGUAUCAACAGAUAGAUGGUGGAGUAAUACCUCUGUGUCAAGAAGGUACUCUGCUGGCAUGCUUCCUGUAGAAAAGCCGUGUUGUAAAAUGCUGUACCAUCAUAUCAUAAACUUCGUGCUUU